GUUUCGGUUUAUCGAGAAUUAAUGCAACGGUUAACCAGCCAUUUAUUCAACAAUAUGUGAAUAUGGCGCUUUUCAUGGAAGGAAGACACGGUCGAACAUGUUUCUUAAUGACAGGAAAUGAGGCCCCUCCUGCAAUGGCGGUUGUGUUUUGAUUGAUUAACUUCAGAAUUAAGCUAUACUGUGUGUGAAGACAUUUAUUGUUGGACCCUUCGCUACCCUUUUAUAGGUGAAUUAGUGUUAUGAGUGUUACAAACCUUUCCGUUACGGAUGUAGAUGCAGAGGUAGAAAGUGGCGGAGAUGAAAAGGAGAUUAUUGAAACACAGCGUGAGGCCCCGGAAACUUUGCUACAGGAUGUAAGAAAACUUAUUGAAGAAAUACGAAAGAACGAAACUGAUCCAGUGAAGAGUUUCUUUUCCUUGCAUAAGCUACGACAGAUGUACUAUCAGAAAAAGACAUGGCAUUAUCGCAGAGCAAUUGGAAAUGUGUUAGCCGAUUGUGGAUAUUCUGUCUGUACAGUAAACAUGAUGACGAGUCUGUCUGAUCGAGGAUAUUUCCCUGAAGGAUUAAGAAAUCUAACAAGUCCAACCCUAGCGAAGACAAGUCGACAUGUAAUGGAUAACGCUUGGAAUUAUUCUGACGCCAGUGACGAAUUCGCUCAUGAUUUAGCCAAAGCUAAUCUGAUACACGUGCUCCUUGAGAAUCUGAAAAAGUUUCCGAAUAAGAAUCCAGAAAAAAAUACCAAUCAAUAUUAUCUCAUAAGAGCAACCUUGUCUAUCAUGUGCAACAUUGCUCGAAGACCCAAGAACAAGGAAUCUUUUAAAAAAUACAAUGCCACGAAAAUUGUUUUUGAGUUUAAGUUUUCCAAUGACAAUUACCUAAAAGUUCUUGCACUGUGUACCUUGGCUUUCAUCGUUGAUGCGAAAGAAGCACAAAAAGUAACUGAAGAUCCUGACGCGAUCCGUACCAUUAUCCACUGGAUGAACAUUGCUAUAAUGAAUGACGAAUUUCAUCGGCUUAAGGAAGGAUUCACUGCUGCGGAACUUGCUUAUGCUUUGGACAAACUGGCUGUAGAUGGAAACGCCGAAAGAAUAAUCGAAGGGAAAGCACUGAAAGCUUUUUUCAGAAUGCUGAACAGUGCAGAUAUUAAACAACAGAUUAAUGCCGCAAAAUGUGUGUGGACUUUAGCCUUUAAAAAGGAGGCCAGAAAACAGAUUAGAGAAUACAAAGAACUCGUUUCCACGCUACAACGACUUGAGAAAGAAGAGACAAAUAGAGAGCUACUGCAGAAUGUUAAAGGGGCGCUGUGGGUAUUGUUUGAUAAGGGAGAAGAAGAGCAUCCCAAUGCUAUAGAUCCGUCAAAACCUAGACACCUCUUUAUAAGUUACUGUUGGGAUGAUCAAGAAACCGUUAGGAGAAUUUGGCAGAAUUUAACGGAGACCGGUUACAAUGUUUGGAUAGAUAUCGAUCGAAUGUCUGGGGAUAUUUUGGAUGCAAUGUCUUCAGCUGUAGAAAAUUCAGCCGUAGUCAUCAUCUGCGUCUCGGAAGGUUAUAAACAAAGCCAGUGUUGUCACACGGAAGCAGGUUAUGCCUAUAAACGAAAGAAGGGAUUUAUACCUUUAUACAUGCAAAAUCCCUACCACCCAGACGGAUGGUUGGGAGCGGUCAUUGGCACCAGAUUAUACUUUGAUUUUAGUGGAGAGAGUGAAGUUGAAUUUGAAGACAGUUUUACAAAACUUCUUAGAGAAUUAAGUAAACAAGGAAUCCUUCAGAGCACCGCUAAUUCCCCCGUUACUCCAGAAAUACCGAAAGAACAUAGUAGUGAAAAUCAUGCACUACUAGGGUUGUCACAUCGACCCAGCUCUACGGUUGGAUUGCAUCCAGAAUCUACUCCUUCUUCACCAUCUGAAUCGUUGGAUAGGCAAGUAAUCACUAGCACCCGGGGUAUCUCACCGACACCGAAAUUAGACAUCACUAAUAAUAGCAUACCCGUUCAAGCAACCCUAUCACCUCCAGUAUCCCACGCUAUUGUUGCAUCUCCCUCAAUCACGGCAUCAAUUGUCUCGAGAACGUCGAAUUCAAUCAUGGUUAUUCCCCCUCCUGGUCCACCAGAAUUGUUCAACAACAUGAAGAAAGCAGACGUUCGCGAAUGGCUAAGCGCAAAUGGGUUGGAAAAAGAUAUCCAAAGCUUUAAGCACAUAGACGGUAAACUGUUAUGGCAACUUAAGUGCAUCAAAAUAGAAGCUCCGGCAUUCUUUUACAAAAUGCUACAGGAUAAAUUUGAAUUAGACCCUGUAGCAAUUUUAAAAUUUAGAUAUGCCAUAGAAAAGCUAGAGUAACUUAAGUGCAUCAAAAUAGAAACUCCGACGUUCUUUUACAAAAUGCUACAAGAUAAAUUUAAAUUUGAAUAAGGCACUGUCGCAAUUUUAAAAUUUAGGCAUGCUUUAGAAAAUAUAGAGGAAGAGAAUAAUGUAAAUAUUAAUGUACAAAAUAAAACUUUGGAUCGACCACCAUGCGAUAACAUAAAAAGCAUUUUUGAGGAGGGAGGACUCAUUAUAUAUUUCGUUUUUAGUAAAUAGUACAUGUAGAUUGUGUUUGUGUGUUAUAUUUAAUUCUAAAUGAUUAACCAUAUACUUACACUGUAAGACAGGCUUCUUGGCCUAAUUUUCAACCCUUUGAAAAAAAAGUUUUUAUUAUUAUUAUUAUUAUUAUUAUUACAGUAGGCCUAGUGAUAACAACGGUGCAUUUUCUUUGAGGUUUGCUUUUGACAGAUCUAUGUUUAUUUCACAUUUGUAAAAACAAGUAUUCCAUCAAAUAAAAUCGAAGAGAUCUA